AUGGCGAACCAGAAUCAGUCCGGAUCUAAUAUUGCGCCCUACUCGCCGGUCCUUGAGACGAGUCGCAUUUUCUCAAAUCUCUGUGAUCAGUCUGAGAGACUAGGUCUUCCUCCUCAUGUUCUUGAAAACAAGGAUAAAGUAUCCUUCUCGUCCAGUCACAAUGAGAUUUAUCUCCCCAUUCCUUUCAAGGAGACUGAAACACUCGCUGCGUUGAAGGGUAUUGAGGGAUCCGUCGCUGCGGCUUUGGCGGAUGUUCGAUUCGGACGUAGUGAGCAGCCGCGCAGUGUACAGGUCAGUCUGGAGGGCGCGACGGCAUUCGGCUGCCAGGCGUAUAUGGCCAAGAUUGAUGGGCUCUCGAAGUUGGAUCCGAAUGUCAAGUCUAAGUUGAAAGACACGGAUUUGCUGGCUGCCCAGUCAAAUGGAUACCGCCGCAUGUCAGCGAACUUGUAUAAGACUAAGACUCCGAAUGAGUUUUAUCACAUUCAUGGAUCGCUGGAAGCGACCACUACCUUGAACAUGAUUGGUCUUGAGGGCCACCGACCGGAUCUGACAGAGUAUGAAGACGUCAUUAAGGUUAUCGAGGGUCAAGUACAAAAGUACACAGUCCCGGAGCUGGAGGUGAUGAAUAAGGAGCGACGACAGGCUGGUGUCCCUGCACUCAAAUAUGAAGACUUUAUCCAGACUCCUCAUGGAAAACUCAACGUGCAAGAACCGGCAUGGAAAGUGACCAAGCUGAGCGGAGACACUCCUGCUACUCCAUUCCCCGCCAACAGACCCGGCAGCAAGAAGAUCCUUGAAGGUGUCAAGGUACUCGAGAUGUGUCGUAUCAUCGCAGGUCCCACUGUUACCCGUAUCCUGGCGGAGUAUGGUGCCGAUGUCCUCAAAAUCACUAGCCCCAAUCUAUCAGAUGUGCCCUUCUUCCAAGUUGACGGCAACAUGGGCAAGCGCGCGGCGGAUCUGGACUUGAAAACCGAAGCUGGACGUCAAGAGUUCGAGAAGCUGUUGGAAGACGUGGAUGUUGUUGUUGACGGAUACCGACCUGGUGCUCUGGAGAAGCUCGGAUACGGCGCCGAGGCUCUGGCAGCUCUAGCUGAAAAGCGCGGAAAGGGUAUUGUUUACGUGAACGAGAACUGCUUCGGUUAUGAGGGUGAAUGGGCUGGACGGGCCGGAUGGCAACAGAUUGCUGACUGCGUCACUGGUAUCGCCUGGGCUCAAGGUAAAUUCAUGGGUCUCUCAACUCCUGUUGUUCCACCAUUCCCCAUCUCCGAUUACGGAACCGGUUGUAUGGGCGCUAUCGCAGCGCUGAGCGGUCUCUACCAUCGCGCGACAAAGGGUGGAUCAUACCACGGCAAGGCUUCACUCAUGCACUAUGAUCUCCUCCUUUUUGCAAUGGGCCAAUACCCUGAAGACGUGCAGGAGAAACUGCGGUCUGUACAGAGCCCAGAGUUCUUUAAACUUCGUCAUUGCGAUAGUGUGGAUCGGAUCUCUUCAACGGUACUCAAGGGAAUGCAUGAGCGCUUCCCCCAUCUCUAUGUCGGUGCGGGGCUUGCGACCGAGGGACGCCAAUCUUUGACCGAAACCUGGUUCUCAAAGGCGUAUGGUACUGAUAUCGAGGUUGUCAAGCCUGUCGCUGUUGUGCAAGGAGUUGAUAAUCAGUUCGUGCGGGCCAGUCGACCAAAUGGAGCGGAUCGCGCAACUUGGGAAGACUUUAGGGUACUGGGAGAGGGAGAGGGGGAUGCCCGGAAAUGCUGA